AUGUAUGACGACGAAAUUCGGGAACGACACAAGAAACAUACGAAAAAGAAGGGACUAAAGGAACGAAAAGAAGAAGAAGAAGAACGACAUCGGAUCAACUGGAACCAGGACGAAGGAGGCAAAGACUUUUCUGGAUCAUCACUGGCCUGGCAUACUUCUUACUUUACCACAUUAUGCUGGACAUAA